CCGCCCGGAGGAGGCGCUUCCCUGGCGGGCGUGCAGUGGCGGCGGCCCCGGGCUCCCGAGAGCAGCGCUGCGAACCCGCCCGGCUCCCCUGCCCUCCCCGCGGCCGGGAUGCGCUCGGAGGCGGCGCCGCAGCUGGGCGGCCUGGAGAGGUUCGCCAGCGCCGGCAAGGGCCGGGGGCUGCGGGCGCGGCGGCGCUUCGCCGUGGGCGAGCUGCUGCUCAGCUGCCCGGCCUAUGUGGCCGUGCUGACCGUCAGCGAGCGCGGCAGCCACUGCGACGGCUGCUUCGCCAGGAAAGAAGGAUUGUCCAAGUGUGGAAGAUGUAAACAGGCCUUUUAUUGCAAUGUGGAAUGUCAGAAGGAAGACUGGCCAAUGCACAAGCUGGAAUGUGCCUCCAUGUGCACUUUUGGGCAGAACUGGCAUCCCUCAGAGACUGUGAGGCUAACAGCAAGGAUCCUUGCCAAACAGAAAACUCACCCUGAAAGAACACAGUCAGAGAAGCUGCUUGCUGUAAAAGAGUUUGAAUCACACCUUGACAAACUAGACAAUGAAAAGAGAGAGCUGAUUCAGAACGACAUUGCUGCUCUUCAUCGCUUUUACUCAAAGCACUUGGACUACCCUGACAAUGCUGCCCUUGUAGUUCUCUUUGCACAAGUUAACUGUAAUGGCUUCACAAUUGAAGAUGAAGAACUCUCUCAUUUGGGAUCAGCCAUAUUUCCUGAUGUUGCAUUGAUGAACCAUAGCUGUUGCCCAAAUGUGAUUGUGACUUACAAGGGAACCUUGGCUGAAGUCAGAGCUGUUAGAGAGAUUGAGCCUGGAGAGGAGAUUUUUAGCAGCUAUAUUGACCUGCUGUAUCCCACAGAAGACAGAAAUGACCGGUUAAGAGACUCCUAUUUCUUUAGUUGUGAUUGCAGGGAGUGCACUACAAAAGAAAAGGAUAAAGAGAAACUGGAAAUCUGCAAGCUGAAUGAUCCUCCGUCAGCAGAGACAGUAAAGGACAUGAUCAAAUAUGCCAGGAACGUGAUUGAGGAAUUCAGGCGAGCCAAACACUACAAAUCCCCUAGUGAAUUACUGGAGAUCUGUGAACUCAGCCUGGACAAGAUGGGUGCAGUGUUUGAGGACAGUAAUGUUUAUAUGUUACAUAUGAUGUACCAGGCCAUGGGUGUCUGUCUCUAUGUGCAGGACUGGGAAGGUGCACUGUGUUAUGGGCAAAAAAUCAUCAGACCCUACAGUAAACAUUAUCCCUCCUACUCGCUGAAUGUUGCCUCUAUGUGGCUGAAAUUAGGGAGACUGUACAUGGCGCUGAAGAACAGGACGGCUGGAGUUAAAGCCCUGAAGAGGGCAAUUGCUAUCAUGGAAGUAGCACAUGGGAAAGAUCAUCCAUACAUUUCAGAGAUCAAAAAGGAAUUAGAGGACCACUGAGCCUUUGAAUCUAUGCAAUUCUUCAAACCUUUAUUUAAAAAGCCUUGUUAUGGAAACCUUCAAGAGCGCUUUGAAAAGCGGUAGAGUAUGAACACAGUUCUGUCCUAUAAUUGGAAUGACAAACACACGUAGGCCUAGCUUCCACACAUCUACAAUUGCCUUUUCUUUUUAAGGAAGCAUCCAUGGUUUCUUAAAGGUUAUGCCUUUUGAUGGCUCAUGUGCAGAAAUGGCCAUCUUUUUCUUUAGGGGUGUUGGUGUGGAUCUUAUUUGUGUAAAGUAAAUAAAGUGGUCUUGGCCCCUCUUGA